AUGGCGCCGCUGAGUGUUAUGGGUGUUCUGAGAAACCCCGGGUCCACACGGCCUCAGCCCCGGGUCCACACGGCCUCAGCCCCGGGGGUCCACACGGCCUCAGCCCCGGGGGUCCACACGGCCUCAGCCCCGGGGGUCCACACGGCCUCAGCCCCGGGGGUCCACACGGCCUCAGCCCCGGGGGUCCACACGGCCUCAGCCCCGGGGGUCCACACGGCCUCAGCCCCGGGUCCACACGGCCUCAGCCCCGGGUCCACACGGCCUCAGCCCCGGGGGUCCACACGGCCUCAGCCCCGGGGGUCCACACGGCCUCAGCCCCGGGUCCACACGGCCUCAGCCUCGGGUCCACACGGCCUCAGCCCCGGGUCCACACGGCCUCAGCCCCGGGUCCACACGGCCUCAGCCACGGGUCCACAGCCUAGCCCGGGUCCACACGGCCUCAGCCUCGGGUCCACACGGCCUCAGCCCGGGUCCACACGGCCUCAGCCCCGGGUCCACACGGCCUCAGCCCCGGGGGUCCACACGGCCUCAGCCCCGGGGGUCCACACGGCCUCAGCCCCGGGGGUCCACACGGCCUCAGCCCCGGGGGUCCACACGGCCUCAGCCCCGGGGGUCCACACGGCCUCAGCCCCGGGGGUCCACACGGCCUCAGCCCGGGGUCCACACGGCCACAGCCUCAGCCCCGGGGGUCCACACGGCCUCAGCCCCGGGGGUCCACACGGCCUCAGCCCCGGGGGUCCACACGGCCUCAGCCCGGGGGUCCACACGGCCUCAGCUCGCCUCGGGUCCACACGGCCUCAGCCCGGGUCCACACGGCCUCAGCCCCGGGUCCACACGGCCUCAGCCCCGGGUCCACACGGCUCAGCCCGGGUCCACACGGCCUCAGCCCCGGGUCCACACGGCCUCAGCCCGGGUCCACACGGCCUCAGCCUCGGGUCCACACGGCCUCAGCCCGGGGUCCACACGGCCUCAGCCCCGGGUCCACACGGCCUCAGCCCCGGGUCCACACGGCCUCAGCCCCGGGGGUCCACACGGCCUCAGCCCCGGGGGUCCACACGGCCUCAGCCUCGGGUCCACACGGCCUCAGCCCGGGGGUCCACACGGCCUCAGCCCCGGGGGUCCACACGGCCUCAGCCCCGGGGGUCCACACGGCCUCAGCCCCGGGUCCACACGGCCUCAGCCCCGGGGGUCCACACGGCCUCAGCCCCGGGGGUCCACACGGCCUCAGCCCCGGGUCCACACGGCCUCAGCCCCGGGGGUCCACACGGCCUCAGCCCCGGGGGUCCACACGGCCUCAGCCCCGGGGGUCCACACGGCCUCAGCCCCGGGGGUCCACAUGUUCCCACAUUUACCUUCGUUACUCAGUUUAUUUCGGAAACUAUUUUAAUGUCCUGUAAAGUUUAG